UGGUGAUGACAGUCCUGCCUCUUAUCACAUACAGAGAUACUAUUGUAGAGGGAGGGAACAACCAAGUUAGCAUUGGUGUUUCUAUCAAGUUUCAUGAUGCUUUGGGCACCAGUGGAGUUUCCGGAGAAGACCUUUGGAAGCUUUCUGCUUGGGCUUCAGCCACUCCAGACGGCAAUGGACAAAGGAUUGGAUUCGAAGAGGACAUUCUAGAUCCGACUCAAAAAGACCAGUACUUCAGCAAAAGAGGAAAACUCGAGUUUACAAAUCUGGACUUCUCAUUUUCUGAAUGCAAAGACAUGAAGUAUAUCUGUGUGAGGAUCGAGAGGGGAGAUAACCCAAGGACAACUGAGAACCUUAACUAUACUUUAGGAGGAUACCCGGACUCCAAUGCACAAACAGGUUGUACAGAAGCCCCAGAAUGUCGUCACGAUCGAGGUACUUUGUUUAGUUCGCUACUGUCGAAAGUACUUCAGGAAGCUCGUGGACGGAUGAUUAUGAAUGUAUUCAUUUCUGAUUCUGAUUGCUGAUUACCGAUGAAGUGCAUCCUUGUCUUUAAAUUUUCUCAUCACCGCUCGGACC